AUGGCCCGAAAACGGAAAACGCGCAACAGUGUCGAGGUGGAGCCGCGGGACACCAAAGAGAGUCCAGCGGAAAAGCAACAGAAAUCGGAAGAGGAACAAGGCGCUGGGGAUGCAAACGUUGCCAAAGGCAGCGCACCUCCCUUUACGGCACUGCCCCUGCGCCAAGUUCACCGACUGAUCGAGCCAGGCCCCAUCCUGCUCGUCUCGACCGGCUCCGUCGCCGAUGGCUCGCACAAUCUCAUGACGCUCGGCUUCCACAUGAUGCUGCAGCACAGCGGGCCUACGCUCAUCGGCAUCUGUCUCGGGCCCUGGGACGCGUCGUUUGAGGCCCUGCGUGUCCAGAAACAGUGUGUCCUGGCCGUGCCGAGCGUCGAAAUGGCGGGCGCCGUCGUGGACAUUGGCAAUUGCUCGAAAGCGGACGGAGAUAGCCAAGGAAACAACAAGUGGGCGACGUUCGGUCUCACGCCGCUCCCUGGCCAGGCUGUUCAGGCGCCCCUUGUCGGGGGGGCGCACAUUAUGGCCAACGUCGAGUGCGUCGUGCACGAUCGCCAGCUUGUUGGGCGGUAUUCGCUCUGGAUCCUCAAGGCCGUCCGCGCGUGGUGGGACGAGGACAUGGUUCAGAGCGCCGGCCGCAUGCUGCACCACCGCGGCAACGGCGUGUUUUCUGUAUCGGGGGACACAGUUGUCGACCUGCACGAGCGGAUGACCAAAUGGCCAGAGUUGGCGUGA